AUGGCUGUCGGAUCCUUUGCGGCAGCCCUCGUUGACGAAUCUCGAUACGCGUUGAUCUUGUCUUAUGGCGGUGUCGCGUUGUUGGCUACGGUCUUCUAUGACUACUCUCUCCAUGCAUCUCUGAGCUAUGGGACACAGUGGCUCAUAUUGGGGAGGAGUACUAUCAUCCCUGUUGACGACAGCAUGAUAGAGCAGGAAGUUCACAUGAGGUAUCUUGGGGUUAUGUUCGCUUUGUGUAAGAGGCUCUUCAUCACAACGAUGGCCACGAAAGCCAUCCUCUUACUAUUGGUGCAGGGACUUAUGGCACACCGAGUUCAUGUGCUAUAUCGGCCCGCCAGGACGAUUUCGACGUUGUUGGUUGUGCUGUUCGUCGCUUCGCAAGUUAGCGCACUUGCAAGUCUCACGUUCAUCACGGAGCAGGAGACGAGAGCGGAUUUAUUCGUCGGCAAAGCAUACUGUCCUGUACCGCAGUACAAGCUCUCCCGGGAAGAUGAGUGGAUGAGUGCACUCAACGUGUCGGUCCCAAUCUUCUUUGAGAUCGUACUUUGCAUUCUCGCGCUUUAUCGCUGGUUUACUCGGCUCCGGUCAGCGCGGCGACAAUCAAGGCAAAGGCUGGUGUAUGACCUCCUGGCGACGUUGCUCCGGGACAACAUCGUUUACUUUGUCAUCGCCCUGAUUUGCUUGUGCAUUUCGUCCAAGUGGGCAAUGCCCAAGAGUGAGGUCGGGGCACUUAAUGCGGCGGCCGCGUGGUAUAUCAACUUUCUCUACGCAGGCCAGGUGGUCAUGUUCUCGUUGUGUGGCCCUCGCAUGAUUUUGAACAUCCGCCAGUUCUGCAUUGAGGACAGUGGAGUUGUGAGGAACACGACGGAGGAGUCAUAUGACCGCCAGCUUACUACAGUAGUUCUAGAUUUCUUGAGUGGUAGCACUCGCAUUGGUGGAGCAUAG